AUGUCCAACCGUGCCGAAAGAGAAGCUGAGGACAGAUACGAGGCCGAGAACGACCCCUCGCCCGUCUCAGCCGACGUUAUUGACAACUCCUACGUCGGCGAGACACGCCCUGAGCUCCGCAGCCAGGUCCCCGUUCAGGCCGACGAGGCCGACUACGAGGAUCCCAUGCAGCCUCCCUACUCGAACUCGGACCAGCAGCUUGCCGACGACGAGAGAGAGGCCAUUGACAAGAGCAACAUUCUACGCGGUGACCGGCUGCGUCACGCAAAGCCCCAGACUGCGAACCAGUACAAUGAGGGCCCUGACGAAGAGGCUCUGCCUGAUGUUGUGCGAUACGGAGACUCUGGUGUCUCCAGUACAAAGCGCUUGUCUUAA